GAUAAACAUGGCUGCGGUUAAACUCCAGAAGAGUGUUGUGAGCCAGGCUGGGAAACACACAGCUUCUGUUAUCUUUCUUCACGGCUCAGGAGACACAGGGCCAGGCCUGCGCAGCUGGGUUUUGGAUGUUUUAGGUCAAAACUUGGCAUUUGAAAACAUCCGGGUGAUUUAUCCCACAGCCCCACUCAGGCCGUACACACCCAUGCGAGGGGCGCCGUCUCAUGUGUGGUUUGAUCGUCACAAGAUUUCUCAGCAUUGCCCCGAGCACUUGGAGUCGAUAGAUUCCAUGUGUGAUCAUUUAGGUGACAUUGUGCAGGAUGAGCUCCGAGCCGGGAUCCCAAAACACAGGAUGGUUAUUGGUGGUUUCUCCAUGGGUGGAGCCAUGGCGCUUCAUCUGGUCUGCAGGCACCAUCAGGACAUUGCUGGCAUCUUCUGUCUGUCCAGCUUCCUUAACAAAGACUCAGCGGUAUAUCAGGCAGUAGAAAAUGCACAGCGCCCCCUACCUGAGCUCCUGCAGUGUCACGGCACAUCAGACGAGCUGGUUUUCCAUGACUGGGGCGAGAAGACGAACACGCUGCUGAAAAAAGCUGGACUCAAUGCAUCUUUCCAUUCCUUCCCAGACCUCAACCAUCAGUUGUGUCGACAAGAACUGGAGUUGCUUCGCUCCUGGAUCCUGAAUAAGCUUUCCAUUUAAAGAGUCCUUAAUUCUGGACAAUGACCACUGAACCACCGUGCCACCUUCAUGGAGCUUUUGAUCCAUUUAAAAAAAAGUCUCAGUCACACUUGCAUGGUUUAAAACAAAAUGUCCACAUGAAAAUGCAAAAAGGCCCCAUGAAGUGCUGUCAAGGUCAUGCCAAAGCAACAGAUGGCGCUAUACUCCUAACCGUAAAGUCACGUUGGCCAAUCAAAAGCUUCAAAAAAUAGAUAUUAUUUAUAUUUUUGAUUUCGGUUGGCUGUCAACAUGACGUAUGUCUGUUUGGAGUUCGGGAAAUCGCUGCACAUAAUCUGAUGUCAUACAAAAUAAAUGAAGGUAGAACCAGACCAA